AUCUUUCGGAAACCCUCGGGAUUAAUCUGAAGGGAUUGUGUUUUGAAAAGAGAUUUUGGCGGCUGUUGAAGAAUCCUGGCUUUUCUUGUGAGAAGCAUGUCAUCCAUGAAGUAUGUGUUGGUGUCUGGAGGUGUCAUCAGUGGAAUCGGUAAGGGGGUCAUUGCCAGCAGUCUGGGGAUGAUUCUCAAGUCCUGCGGCAUCAGAGUGACCUCCAUAAAGAUUGACCCCUACAUCAAUAUUGAUGCAGGAACCUUCUCUCCAUAUGAGCAUGGUGAAGUGUUUGUUUUGGAUGAUGGCGGAGAAGUUGACCUUGACCUUGGUAAUUAUGAAAGAUUUCUGGACAUUACCCUUCAUCGUGACAACAACAUCACUACAGGAAAAAUCUAUCAGCAUGUUAUCAAUAGAGAAAGAAGAGGAGACUACCUGGGAAAGACUGUUCAAGUUGUUCCUCACAUCACUGAUGCAGUUCAGGAGUGGGUGGAGCGAGUUGCCAAGAUACCAGUGGACGGAGACAAUAAAAUACCAGAAGUUUGUAUCGUGGAGCUGGGAGGCACUAUAGGAGACAUUGAGGGCAUGCCGUUCAUUGAAGCUUUUCGUCAGUUCUUCCAUUUCCGAGUGAAGCGUGAAAAUUACUGCUGUGUGCAUGUCAGUCUUGUUCCUCAGCCGGGAACCACAGGAGAACAGAAAACGAAGCCCACACAGCAAAGCGUGCGGGAACUGAGGGGUUUGGGUCUGUCCCCGGACUUGAUAGUGUGUCGAUGCCAGACUCCAGUGGCAGAAAGCGUCAAAUCCAAAAUCUCCCUGUUUUGUCAUGUAGAACCUCAGCAGGUAUUUUCAAUCCAUGAUGUCUCUUCUAUUUAUCGAGUGCCCCUUCUGCUGACAGAACAAGGUGUUUCCGAGUACCUGAUGAAACGACUGCAGCUGAACCACCCGUCCCCUUACAACAAUCGCUGGAUGUUACGAUGGAAGGACCUCGCGUCUAGACAUGAUCAGUUACUGAAAGAAGUAACCAUUGCAUUAGUGGGAAAAUACACCCAAUUAGAAGACGCCUACGCCUCUGUCAUAAAGGCCCUCCAACACAGUGCACUGUGUGUCAGCCAUAAGCUGAACCUCAAGUACAUUGAAGCUGCUCAUCUCGAGAUGGAGAUGUUGAAAGAAAAUCCCUCAAAGUAUCACGAGGCGUGGCAUCAGCUGGUGUCUGCAAAUGGCAUACUUGUGCCUGGUGGAUUUGGGAUCCGGGGAACAGAGGGGAAAAUUCUGGCUGCCAAUUGGGCUAGAACAAAGAAUAUACCAUACUUAGGAGUGUGUCUGGGGCUACAGUGUGCUGUGAUAGAGUUUGCACGUAAUGCUCUAGGCUGGGAGGGAGCUCAUUCUACAGAACUGGACCCUGCCACCAAACACCCUGUAGUGAUUGACAUGCCUGAACACAACACAGGACAAAUGGGUGGCACCAUGAGACUGGGAAAACGGAAGACGCUCUUCAACUGCCAGACCUGUAUAACAAAGAAAUUGUAUGGCAAUAAAGAAUUUGUUGAAGAAAGACACAGGCAUAGAUAUGAGGUGAAUCCCAAGUUCGUUAAAACAUUUGAGGAAACUGGAAUGAAGUUCGUGGGUCGAAGUGUUGAUGGAGAAAGAAUGGAAAUCAUGGAACUAGACGGUCACCAGUACUUUGUGGGGGUCCAGUACCACCCUGAGUACAUUUCCCGUCCAAUGAAACCCUCACCCCCUUACCUAGGUCUACUGCUGGCGUCCACGGGAAAGAUGCAAGCCUAUCGAUCCCGCGGAUAUAGGAUGUCUCCACAUUUAUCUUAUAGCGAGGGAAAUGAAUCUUCAGACGAUGAGAUAUCAGAAAUUGUCAAAAAUCUGAGCAUGGAAGAUGGACCAGAAGUCUCUGCUAAAGAUAGUAGUCCUUUUGAUGAAUCUUAAUGUAGAUUUGCAUUUCCUAACGUUGUAUUGAUGUUGGUAAACAUUCCCCUCUUCAUGUUUGGACAAAAUUCACAGAUGAAUCUUUGUCACCUUGGUUUGAUUUGUCGAUGAUACGACUCUAGAAUUCUAGGGUUGUAGUGUAUUAUAAACAGAUGUAUUUAUUGAAUGUUCAGAAAUUUGCCGUGACUGUGCUUUCUGUGAAUUACUACCAGCCAGAUUCUCAAGUAGGUUAAUAUGUUGUAAUUCUCUCCCCUGAAUACGCUAGUGCAUUAAAACUAUAUAGGUAGCCGUUAUUAGGGCAUUUAGAAUAUUUGUUAGAUUGUUAAACAUAAUUACAUGUAUAUUCAUGUUGUGGGUCAUUCUGACGUGGAAUAUUCUCUGGGAGGUCUGUAUUAGAAAAUAACUGGAAUGGCAAACUUCAUGAACAUAUACAUGUACAACUGUACCUGUAGUGAAUGCAUUUCUCUUUCAUUACUCCUCCAUUUAUCAUUGAAUAUAUAUGUUCCAUUCUGAUAUUUGUUAUCGGAUUAUAAUUAUACACCCCCACCAGGGGGAGGAGACAUAUUGCUUUAUAGCUCCAGUCGUCUUGCCGUCUGUCUGUCUCUGUCACAAGUUUUGGGAACACUUAAUCCUGCUCUGCAAAGUGUAAUUUUAUAAGGUGCCAUUUUUUGGGGGAUAAAAGAGAUUUUUGGAAUUCCCUGCACUAUGCGAUAGAUGUAAUAUUUGUUUUUUGCUUGUUUUUGUUGGGGGUUUUUUCCAUCACAGUUUCUGCUGCAUGUGAAAUUAGACUGCAAUGAAACUUGACAGAUUAGGAGAAGGUUAAAACUAAGUGCAAUUGUGCAACACUUUGGUUUUAUUUUUAUAUUUUCUGAUUUCUCUACUUUAUUUUGGACUUUUGAUAUACUGUGUUGUGUAUGUUUAGGAAUUCAAACUGUCUUUAAGUUUGACAGAGAUGUUUAGGAGGACAGGUAUUUGAGAUUGAGAAUGACUAGAACACUAUAAUAUGGGUGUACAUGAGUUUAUAAUCAAAACAUUGAUAUACUAAAAAUAUGAAUAUGAAAUAUUGAAUGAUAAAUUAUAUCACACCAAAGACCAUUGUAAAUAUUAAAUCAAAGCAUAUCAACAUUUUAUUUUGCUUGAAUUUCACUUGGUUUUUUCCCCUUAUUUAUACAUGUGAUUGUGUACAUACUAUUCAUUUCAUAAGAUGUUGUAAUUUGUCUAUUUGGUCUUCACACCAUUAGACCUGCUUAUAGUGAUCAACAAUAAAUAUCACUAAUGUAGUAGGUUGUGGUCAAUAUGAAUAUUUACAUUUCCACUGUUUUGCCUUAGAUAUCUUCACAAUUUUUACUGACAGCCAUUUUCUCAUGGACAUGCUUCAAUAGUAAAUAAUGUGCGUAUGGAUACAGAUAAAUAUAGUACAUCUACUGAACAAUGUGCGUAUGAAUACAGAUAAAUAUAGUACGUCUACUGUAUCUGAUGGGGAUUCCAAAAGAAGCGAAAGUAGAAUGUUAAUACCAGAAAUAAACUUCAUUUGAAAAUACGUAUGGGCUUCAUGAAGCAUGGUGAUGUGAAGAGUCAGUUCAUACCCUAACAUGUUUUCAUAAAUGAAAUUCAUUUCUGAAAUAAAUGCUGUUUCUGCUAACUUUAGGAUUUGUACUUGGGGAUUCCCCGCUAUCAAGUGAGAUUAACUGAUUACACCGUGCUACAUUGUAGAAAAAUACUAAUUCCAGUUGAUGGGCAUUAUUAUUACAAGGCUUUACUUAAGUCGCUAGUGCCAUAUUCUGUAUUGUGGAUACUAGUCUUGUCUGUUUUUAAUUCUAAAUCAUUGUCACAUUAAAGAGGUUCGCACCUGAGAUUUGGAGUAAUGUCAAUUUUUUGGGAAGUGUAUUUUUGAUGUCUGCAUUGAAGGUGAAUUAGGAAAUUAAAAAGAAAAAUUGGGGUCACAAUGUUUGUUAUUGAGCUACAGUGUUCUAAACAUGACCUCUUUGCACUUAAGAUUGACUCGAGCUCCAAUAAACUUGAUUUGUCUGUUGGUGUCAACACAACAUAAGCAACACAAAUCAAUCAUUACAUAAAAUAGAUAUAUAAUCAGGAGCGAACUUCCUUAGUGGAAAAGUUUUUAAGAAAACCCAAGUCUGUGGUAUUAAACAUUGAUACACAGAUAUGAUACAAAACUUUCUUCUUUGAUAUUACCAAUGUAGAUGGGUAUAUAUUAUGAAAAAUGCUCUUUGUAAUAGAAAAUGUGUUUGUGCUUUAUAAUGUUGUGCUUCAGUAUAGAAUGCUUUCAUGGAGUACAUGAAAUAUGUGUGAAAAUUUAAUGUAUUGAUUGAACUCUGCUUUUGUGAAUUUCACCCUCUGAGGAUAAAAUCGCAAUGGACACGUGUAUUUUAGAAGUAUAGACUAUUCAUUAAAUUUUCAAUUUAAAAACACACGCUAUUCUAUGUUAAGCCUGUAAUGUGUUGUUACAUAUGUACAUAUAAUGCCUUCGAUGCAUCUGAUAAAAUCCUGUACGUGUGCACAUGUAUGUAUGUUUCAAGAUUGAAAUUCAAAUUCACUGAAAAUGUAUGAAGUAUUUAGUGCAUGUUUCACUGCAAGAUAUUCAAAAGCAAGUAGAAAAUUAGGUUAUAAAGGGAGGAAAAUCUCGAUUUUGUUUAAGGAAAUUCUUUUAUAUCCUGAUGUUACAUGUACUAGCCAAUUUUUUGAAAUUUUACAGAGAAUAAAAAAGUUGGAGCUAUU